AUGCCCAACUUCAACUUCAAUGCGCCCGUCAUCCGUCUGGGAACCCAGUCUGGGCGCGGUGGAGCUUCCGACAGCCCAGUGGGACGAAAGGACACGGCUAUGCCUGCUCGUCGAGGUCUGGGCAUGGACCGCGACGGCGACCGUAGGGAUGGUCCUGCGCAGGUCAUCCCACCCUCGCGCGAAGAGAUCGCUCGUACCAUCUUCGUCGGCAACAUCCCAGACGGCGUAGGGGGCGACGAUGGCAUGGAGCGCAUUCUGGAGACGGCAGGGAAGUUGGUGCGCUGGACAAGGGCCACCGACGCCAACAACAAGCCCCAGACGUUUGGCUUUGCCGAGUUUGCAGACGCGCAGAGCUUGGAGACGGCCGCCGACAUCUUCAAGGACGUGCGCGUUCCUACCAAGCGCCAGAAACCAGGACACGUCAAGGGUGAGGAUGACGAGGAAGAGGUCGAGACAACCAAACUGCAGGUCAUGGUGGACGAUGCCUCGAUCAAAUACGCAGAGGAGUGGAGCAAGACGCGCAACGAGGACGAGAACACCGUUCAGUUUCGACUCGAUACUGCAAAGGAAGCCCUGUCUCAAGUCCUCGCAAGCUUCUUCAGCCCGCCCAACAUGCCGCAGAUGGAGUACGGAGGCGACACAAUGAUGCAGGAUGCGCCAGUACACGACGGGGAUGUUGAAGUCGCUUUCGUCAACCUUACAGGAGCCGACGACGAGCUUGCAGACAUCCCGGUUGAAAUGCGCGAGAUAGUCGCUGCCGAGAUCGCUGCCUUCCGCGACCGCUCCAACCAACGCGAUCGAGAACGCCUUCGCCGGGAAGAGGAACUGGAAGCCGAGGAACGUCGUCGGAGCGGCAGGCGCGCGUCCCCCCCUCCUUCAGCGCCGACUGGGCCUGGAGGCGCCAAUGGAGUUCCGCUUGGGCCCAAAGCGGAUCGCGGCGUGCAAGGAGCUCCCAGUGGACCUAAAGGGUCUCAGUUCCCCCGCGACUACCAAGGAGGCGUCAACUUCAUCAACGGAGGAGCAAUCAACAACGGCGUCUACAUCAACCGCGAUGACGACGACGACUCGGCCAGUGACUCAGAAAUCGAACGCCGUCGCAAGAAGAAGCGAGACGAUGAGUUUGAGGAGGCCUACAGAAAACAACUCGCUCGAUGGACAAAGCACGAGGAACGAACCAUGGGCUCGCUGGACCGCACCAGUGCUCACGUAAAAGAUGUAGAAGCCAAACAGCAAGCAGUCCGCGACGCACAGGCUAAGCAGCUUAAAGAGUUUGACGACGACAACGAGGCAACUGGACGACGUCAUCUGUACUACCGCGAUCACGGCGAAUACAUGCGUGAGCGCGAGAAGGUGCGCGAGCGGGAAUCAAGGGAAGAUGGCAUCGACCGUGCCCAGGAACAGCGCGAGUUGGCCUCCCAGCAGAAGCAGCGAGAUCAUGCCCGCGGAGAGGCCGACGCCUUCCUCGACCAGCAAGCCGACGAGCUCAUGCGCGUCCAGGAACAACGCGAGCCACAGCACUUCAAAAUCUCCCUGGGCGCCGCUGCAAAGAAGCUCGAGCAAACUGCCGCCCCCCGCCGCACAGCCGCCGACGUCGAAAACCUACUCGAAGACGAAGAAAUCACCGACCAGCCCGGCUCCAAGAAGCGCACCCUCAUUCCCAUCAACUUCGACGCCGCUGUCCGUGCCAACCUCACACAAGAAGAGAUCGAGGAAGCGCAGAGACAGCUUGCUCGCGAUAUUCCAAACGACACGGCGGGGCUCUGGAGCUGGAAAAUCUCCUGGGAGCAUUUGCCCGAGAAGAAUAUUGACAAGGACAUCAAAGACUGGGCCGCCAACAAGGUUCUCGAGAUUAUGGGUUUGCAGGAGGACAUGCUUGUCGAUGCUAUAGUGGAUCAUUUGAAGAACCAUGGGGGUCCCGAGGCGUUGGUGGCCAAUUUGGAAGUGGCCCUCGACGACGAAGCGGAGUCUCUGGUCAAGAAGCUGUGGCGUAUGGUCAUAUACUACAGUGAGACGGAGAAGAGGGGUAUCAAGUGA